AUGAAGAUUAACGAAGAUUCGUCGCAGAACCGCUUCGAGGUCCCCGACGUCCUCGAGCCAGGGCUCGAAACCAAGGCCGUGCCGCUCUCCGUGAUUUCCGGGACGGCGGCGGAGGGUGACGUGACUCCUAUCCACCUGUCGUUCGGCGAGGGUCGGCGCGCAGUGGUGGCGAAAGAUCCGUUCGCCGUACACGUGUACCGCGGGGAGGAUCUGCUCAUGUCGUUCAACGGCAAGGGGCUGUUCGAGUUCGAGCACCGGCGCAACAAGACGGACCCCGCGCACGCGGAAGGCGGAGCUGCGGCGGAAGGCGGAGCGGCGGCGGCGGAAGGCGGGGAGAACGUUCUCGAGCAGCCGGUGGAGGGGGAGGGGGAGGCGAAGAGCGACGGCGGAGAGGCGGCGGAGGGAGACGAGCAUGAGGGGGAGAUGAUGUUGCAUGACGGGGAGGACGAGUCGUGGGAGGAGACGUUCAAGGGGCACUUCGACUCCAAGCCGCGCGGCCCCGAGGCCAUCAGCUUCGACUUCACCUUCCAUGGCGCGCAGCACGUCUAUGGCAUCCCCGAACGCGCCACCAGUCUCUCUCUGCGCCCCACAAAGGGCCCCGGCGUGCACAGCGAGCCGUACCGGCUGUACAACCUGGACGUGUUCGAGUACCUGCAUGAGUCGCCGCUUGGACUCCUCUCUCUGCGCCUCACCAGAGGCCCCGGCGUGCACAGCGAGCCGUACCGGCUGUACAACCUGGACGUGAUUGAGUACCUGCAUGAGUCGCCCUUCCCUUCGGGCUCUACUGAGUAUUUUCUUGUGCACUCCCCCCAUUUCCCCUCCCACCCCAAAUCCCAUUGCUUUCUUCUGCCUGUCAGCCUGUCCCUCGGCCCGACUAGAGGCCCCGGCAUGCACAGCGAGCCGUACCGGCUGUACAACCUGGACGUGUUCGAGUACCUGCAUGAGUCACCGCUUGAACUCCUCUCUCUCGGCCCGACUAAAGGCCCCGGCGUGCACAGCGAGCCGUACCGGCUGUACAACCUGGACGUGUUCGAGUACCUGCAUGAGUCGCCCUUCGGGCUCUACGGCUCCAUUCCCAUGAUGCUCGCGCACAGCGCCUCGCGCACGGCCGGCAUGUUCUGGCUGAAUGCAGCUGAGAUGUGGAUCGAUGUGCUGGCGAGUGCCGAGGACGUGACUGCGCCUGAGUCGCCCUUCGGGCUCUACGGCUCCAUCCCCAUGAUGCUCGCUCACAGCGCCACGCGCACGGCCGGGGUGUUUUGGCUGAAUGCGGCUGAGAUGUGGAUCGAUGUGCUGGCCAAGCCCGAGGACGUGCCUGUACCGGAGUCGCCCAUUGGGCUCUACGGCUCCAUCCCCGUGAUGCUCGCACACAGCGCCAACCGCACGGCCGGCGUGUUUUGGCUCAAUGCGGCCGAGAUGUGGAUCGAUGUGCUGGCCAAGCCUGAGGACGUGACUGUACCGGAGGUGACGACCCACUGGAUAGCUGAGAGCGGCAUCGUCGACCUCUUCUUCUUCCUGGGCCCGUCGCCGGCCGGCGUGGUUCGGCAGUACACGGCAGUCACAGGAACCACAGCCAUGCCGCAGCUGUUUGCGGUGGCGUACCAGCAGUGCCGGUGGAACUACAAGGACGAGGCGGACGCUCUGGCUGUGGACGCUGGCUUCGAUGAGCAUGACAUUCCCUAUGACGUGCUGUGGCUUGACAUUGAGCACACGGAUGGGAAGAGGUACAUGACUUGGGACUCAACGGACUUCCCCCACCCAGCUGACAUGCGGCACAAGUUCGCCGCCAAGGGGCGCAAGAUGGUCACCAUUGUGGACCCGCACGUGAAGCGAAGCUCCUGGGGGUACAUGACGUGGGACUCCACUCACUUCCCCCACCCGGCCGAAAUGCAGCAGAAAUUCGCAGCCAAGGGGCGCAAGAUGGUCACCAUUGUGGACCCGCACGUGAAGCGAAGCUCCUGGGGGUACAUGACGUGGGACUCCACUCACUUCCCCCACCCGGCCGAAAUGCAGCAGAAAUUCGCAGCCAAGGGGCGCAAGAUGGUCACCAUUGUGGACCCGCACGUGAAGCGAAGCUCCUGGGGGUACAUGACGUGGGACUCCACUCACUUCCCCCACCCGGCCGAAAUGCAGCAGAAAUUCGCAGCCAAGGGGCGCAAGAUGGUCACCAUUGUGGACCCGCACGUGAAGCGAAGCUCCUGGGGGUACAUGACCUGGGACUCCACUCACUUCCCCCACCCGGCCGAAAUGCAGCAGAAAUUCGCAGCCAAGGGGCGCAAGAUGGUCACCAUCGUGGACCCGCAUGUGAAGCGCGACGACGGGUACUCUCUGCAUAAGGAGGCGACUAAUAAGGGGUACUACGUGAAGGACUCGAGCGGCAAGGACUACGACGGGUGGUGCUGGCCCGGCAGCAGCAGCUACUUGGACGUGCUCAGUCCGGAGAUUCGUGACUGGUGGGCCGGCAAGUUUGCCUACUCCAGCUAUGGCGGGUCCACUCCGAACCUGUACAUCUGGAAUGACAUGAACGAGCCUUCUGUGUUCAACGGGCCUGAGGGGUACUACGUGAAGGACUCGAGUGGCAAGGACUACGACGGGUGGUGCUGGCCGGGCAGCAGCAGCUACUUGGACGUGCUCAGUCCGGAGAUUCGUGAUUGGUGGGCCGGCAAGUUUGCGUAUUCCAGCUAUGGCGGGUCGACGCCGAACCUGUACAUCUGGAACGACAUGAACGAGCCGUCUGUGUUCAAUGGGCCUGAGGUGACAAUGCCUAAAGACAAUGUGACUUUUGAGUCAACUCAAAAGUCACCUCACCAGGUGACAAUGCCUAAAGACAAUCCGCACCACAGGGGAGUGGAGCGCCGUGACGUCACCAUGCCCAAGGACAAUCUGCACUAUGGAGGGGUGGAGCACCGGGACGUGCACAACGCCUAUGGCUACUACUACCACCUCGCCACCGCCCACCCAGGGGCUCAAGACGUUCAUUCCCCUUCCCCUUCCCUUUCCCUCCCCCACCAGGUCACCAUGCCAAAAGACAACUUGCAUUUUGGGGGCGUGGAGCACCGCGACGUGCACAACGCCUACGGCUACUACUACCACCUCGCCACCGCCCAGGGGCUCAAGAUCCGCAACGGGCCGGGCAAUCUGGACCGUCCGUUCGUGCUCUCCAGGGCCAUCUUUGCGGGAUCGCAGCGAGUGGGGCCCAUCUGGACAGGCGAUAACACGGCUGACUGGAACCACCUCAGGGUGUCCAUCCCAAUGCUUCUCAGCCUUGGAUUGGCUGGCAUGGGCUUCUCAGGCGAUAACACGGCUGACUGGAACCACCUGCGGGUGUCCAUCCCCAUGCUGCUCAGCCUUGGAUUGGCUGGCAUGGGCUUCUCAGGUGCUGACGUGGGGGGGUUCUUUGGCAAUCCGAGUGCGGAGCUGCUGCUGCGGUGGUACCAGAUGGGAGUCUUCUAUCCCUUCUUCCGCGCCCAUGCCCACCUCGACACCAAGCGCCGCGAGCCCUGGCUCUUCGGCGAGCCGUACACCUCGCACAUCCGGGAGGCUGUGCGCAUGCGCUACGCGCUGCUGCCCUACCUCUACACCCUAAUAACCACCCUGUCCUCCCCCAUCCUCCCCCCCCUCCCAUGCAGCGAGCCCUACACCUCCCACAUCCGUGAGGCAGUGCGCACGCGCUACGCCCUCCUCCCCUACCUGUACACGCAGUUCCGCACCGCCUUCACGGCAGGCACGCCCCCCAUGCGCCCGCUGUGGUUCGAGUUCCCCUCCGACCCUCAGCUCUUCACCCACCAGGACUCGUUCCUGCUCGGCCCCUCCGUGCUUGUGCACCCGGUUACUGUGGAGGACUCGUUUCUUCUGGGCCCAUCUGUGCUCGUGCACCCGGUUACUGUGGAGGGUGCCACGUCAGUGAAAGUUUUGUUUCCGGGCAGCGAGUUCUGGUACGACCUGAAGACCGGGCAGCCGCACGCGAGUGGGGAGAGGGAGCUGCCUGUGUCUCUCUCAACAAUGCCUGUCUUCCAGCGCGCCGGCUCCAUCGUUCCGCGCAAGGACCGUGCCCGGCGCUCCAGCACGCAGAUGGAGAAGGACCCUUUCACGCUGGUGAUCGCACUGAACAGCAGCAUGGGGGCAGAGGGAGAGCUUUACAUCGACGAUGGCAAGUCCUACGCGUACGAGAAGGGCGCCUUCAUCCACCGCCGCUUCCUCUUCUCCAAUGGAGUCCUGCGCUCGCUCCCGCACCCCGAUGACGUGGCGGCAUCCCAUUCGCUGGGAGCGCAGCGGCAGGCGUUUGAGACGCCGUGUGUGGUGGAGCGGGUGGUGGUGUUCGGGCUGCCUCAGGAGAAGCUGGCAAGGAGCCGAGAAGCAGUGGUGGAGGGGACGGGGAUGCGAGUGGAGACCCCGUGUGUGGUGGAGCGGGUGGUGGUGUUGGGGCUGCCUCAGGAGAGGCUGGCGAGGAGCCGAGAGGCAGUGGUGGAGGGGACGGGCGUGCAAGUGGAGUGCCCUCCCCAGAUUUUCACCAACUCAUUUCUAUCGUCUACCUCUGAUCUCCCACUCACUCCGGUUUCGCACAUGUCUCCCUCUCUCUAUAUUCCCUUCCCUACCCCAUGCCACCCCACGUCCUCUGUCUGCUUGCAGGAGGAGGUGGGUCCGGCCUGGCUGCGACCAGGAGUGCCCUCCUCAUUUUCUAUUCCUCCCUCUUUGUGUUCAUUGCCGUCUUUCCAUCCCACCCUCAUGCCACCCCACGUCUUCUGCCUGCUUGCAGGAGGAGGUGGGUCCGGCCUGGCUGCGACCAGGAGUGCCCUCCUCAUUUUCUAUUCCUCCCUCUUUGUGUUCAUUGCCGUCUUCCAUCCCACCCUCAUGCCACCCCACGUCUUCUGCCUGCGUGCAGGAGGAGGUGGGUCCGGCAUGGCUGCGACCAGGAGUGCCCUCCUCGGUGUUGGUGGUCAGAGCGCCACGUGUGCCUAUCGCCUCUGA